UAUAGUUUGUUAACAAGAAAUGUGUGUUGUGGUUGAAAAACAAGUUUUAAUGACUCCAACCUAAGUGUAUGCAAACUUCCGACUUCAACUGUAUUAUACUAUAAUAAACUGGGUCCCAUCCUUACAAACUCACCUGCAUAUACACAGUCAGAGCACUUCUCUAAUGUGCUGCUGUUUGCACAGAUCCAACAUGCUGUUGAUCAAAACCCUAUUGUAGCGAAUUCGGGGGUGGCCUCUUGGUGUCGGGUUAAGGUCGUUACACUAUUUAUCAUUUCUCAGCCGUUACGUUUAGGUUAGGUUGUAUUAUGAUCAAGGUCAUUGCAUUUACAUUUCAUUCAGUAUACUGUGGUUACAUCGUGAAACGAUAUGAACUAAAUCCAGAUGAUCAUGGUCACGUAAGCAUAUCCGUGCAUCUUUAUACUCCCUUUUUUCAGUUGCCAUAUGUGCCUUUCACAUUUCUGUUUGUAAUUUCAAUGUUCGUAAUUUCAAUGAACUUGUAUUGAAACGACUUGGAAUAGUUGUUGAAUUGACGUCUGUGACCAGUGGGUUUAGUCUUUUAUGAUUUGAAAACCGAUUUAAAAUAAUAAUGACUUGAUUAUGAAUUCAUUACAUUAUGAAUUAAUUACUGGUUGACUAAAUGGGCGACCUAAUAUUCUUCUUCAAAUAACUGUUAACUCCUUUUUUGUCUACUGCAAUUCAGCUUUUAGCUGCGAUUGUGUACAAGGCAGACUAACUAAUAAUAAAACCUUGAUAUAUUAGUGACAAAAACGAGUUAACAAUCAAUGUCGACCGAUAGGCUGUUACUCUGUUUAAAGCCUUUCACUAUGUUAAACUACCGGUAACCUCGUCCUCAUGCUAUUGUGCAUUUGGGAAAAGUUGUCUGGGAACGAGAUUAUGCUGUCAGUAGCCUAUUUAGUAUUCAUGUGUGAGAUAUGUAAUGACUAAUAAAUUGCACUGACUUCUACUUAUCCGUAUUCCUAUUAGUGCUCAAGUUUUAGUCACAUGCUGAUAAAUAAUACAAUUGAAAGAUAGGCUACUGUUUCCUUUACAUUACUACCUCACGUGCCGGAAGUAAUAAAACGUAUCUGUGUUUUAUUAUGACGUCGAAAUAGAACUAUAUCAAUCCAUGACACGGUUCUUCUAUGCGUGACAAAAAUCUAUUGAAAAGCGCCGAUAAAACAAAAAUGCAUAUUACAGCGAAAGGCAGGACAGUAUGCAGUCGGAGGAUACAAAGGCAAAGAUACUGACUCUGCAAGAGCAGCGGCUCUGCGUACAACAAUUAGAGCUGCAGACCCAGGCAGAGUACCAUGCUGCAAAGGAGAUCUUAGAGAAUGAUCAGAAAGCUCCACAAGGUAGAUGCACCCUGGGCAGGUCACUGCCCAAGCCUGGACCAUCAAUGGAGAGUGUUGUGGAGCGGGAGAAGUGUCGACAGUGUAGUCUGAUAGAGCAGCACAACAGGCUGAGAUUUGCUGUCAGGGCCAAGGAGUCACAGCAGCUGGAGAUGGAGCCGGACAUGAAGGUCCUGGAGCUGGACUCCAUAUUGGAUGAUGACGAGCAGCACUACGACCAGCGUGUGAGACAGCUGGAGAACAGCCUAGAAAAGAUGACCAUCAAAAUCACAGAGGCUGAGAGGAUCCAAAAAACCUACCUGCGAGUCUGCGACCACCUACAUCGGGAGGUGUGUGAGAUGCCCAUGGCUCUGGAUCAGCUGCAGAACUCAGUGGUCGACGGGCAGUCAGAGCUAGGAAAGGUGGUGCACAUGUCUUACACCGCAGUGGCUGCAGUGGACUGCACUAAGAGUCAGCUGGUUCACGUGGAGAGGCAGCUAAUGGUGGAAUGCAGAAUGAUGGAGAAAGAGUUGACUGAAAGGAGGGGAGCGAAAGAGAAGGAGGUGGAGGGUCGGCUGGAGAGAGAGAGGGAGGGAGAGCGACGGAGCAGCAGAGUAGCUCAGAAGUUGAAAGAGCAGGGUUGGAGAGGGUCGUCUACCAGAGAAGGACUGGCUGAAGAUACAUCCCCUAUCAGAGCCCAGCAGACCAUCGCGGCCCCCAUUACGACACAGUCCGUCUUCAAACUGGUGGAGGAUAUUGAUGCUCUGAGGGAAGCCCUCAGCUGCACUGAUCUGCAGGACUCUCCCAGGGAGUUGGGGGAUCUGGAUGCCACCGAGAAGCUGAGGGAAAUCGGUGUCCGUCUGCUCACACUGCAGGCCACAGCUUCAGAGAAGACUGAGGAAAACACUGCCGACCAUGAGAAGGUGUGGAGCUUCCUGGAGCAGAGCAUCAUGAUGGAGCCCAGAAACCUCAAAAGGGCCAGCAGCCCAGUGUACAACAGCGUCUCAGAAGACACGUUCCAGUUCCGCAGUCUGGAGGAAGACUGCACCCUGUCCCGCGAGGAGAUCAAGCGUCGCAGUAUCCAUCUGAUCGAGGCCCACCAACCCAAGAAGAAAGCCCCGAGGGGCACCAAGAAGAGCUAGAGGCAUGUUUCAGAGAGAAGGACCAGACAGCCUGACAGCUGUGGCCCUCUACAUCCUACAGGGAGUAAGGCUGAGGAAUAAUAAACAUUCAUAGUAUGGUUUUAUGACUUUCUUUGUUGUCUACUUCAUACCUGAGUUUCUUACAGCUAUGUUAAGGAUCAGGGAGAUUAGAGUACGGUCUAGUUAACACAAAGUUAUGUUUUUACAAUCUCUCCGCCCUCUCUGCAAUUAGGUAACACUUGCAAACUUUGACACGGCAAUUCAUAAAAUACAUCAUCUGGGAUAUAUUCAAACCGUGGAAAAACAGUGCGCUGGAGUGCGAUUGCACCUCUCAUAAACCAUUGGGUGGUGGCACUAAGCAGAACAUUCUGAAGUGUUGAGUGUGUAAGACGGAGAGGGGGAUAUGGAACCGUGGUUGAAUAUGAAAGGCAGAAGAAUAUGAAAGUGAUGGAAGAAUCUGGUGAUGAGAUGAACUAGUAGGGGAGUUGAAAGAAGAGGUCAUCUUGCGUAAUGGCUCGGUUUGAUAUUUCCUUUGUUUAUAAGGCUAUAAACAUACAGAAGUAAUGAUUCCCCCUCAGGAAUAAAGCACACAAUACAAACAGAACUUUGAUUAGAUAGACAGUUAUUUAGGUGAAAUUGGAUCAGAGAGAUGGAGACAUGGAUUGGCAUGUGACUGAGAACAAGGGGUCAAUAUAAUACUGUAAUUGGGUCAUGCAUGGAGUAGAUCAAUGUGAAACAUAGAGUCCGAAACUGGUUGAGGCAGGUGAUACAGCGACUAGGGAGCUUCUGUAUCUGGAACUAACCAAACUAAGGCUGCAUCCCAAAUGGCGCACCCUAUUGUCUUUAUAGUGCACUACAGUUGAAGUCAGAAGUUUACAUACACCUUAGCCAAAUACAUUUACGCUCAGUUUUUCACAAUUCUU